AUGACCUCGCUAUACGCUCCUUCGGCUGACGAUGUCAUGCGAAGAUUGAGGCCUUUUGGCCUUUUUUUCGAAAAGUCGCUGAAAGACCUAAUUAAGGGCAUCCGGAGUUGUGGCGAGAAUUCUGAGGAACUUGAACGUUUUCUGAGCAAGACUCUCUCAGAAUGUCGACAGGAAGUUGAAUCACCAGAUUUAGACCUGAAAACCAAUGCUGUGGUCAAGUUGACUUACCUCGAAAUGUAUGGCUUCGACAUGUCAUGGGCCAACUUCUAUAUCUUAGAGGUCAUGAGUAGCAAUAGAUUGCAGCACAAGCGUGUUGGGUACUUGGCCGCUUCGCAAUCAUUCCACAAAGAUCCCGACAUCUUGAUGCUUGCCACAAACUUACUGAAGAAAGACCUCAAAUACGAUGGAAACAAUGACGUUCUAAAAAUGGGGGUCACUCUUAGCGGGCUCUCGACAAUGGUAACAGCGCCAUUGGCAAGAGAUAUUUGCGGUGAUCUCUUUAGUAUGCUUGGAAGCUCGAAGCCUUAUAUCCGGAAGAAAGCUAUUUCUGCUCUGUUCAAGGUGUUUUUACAGUAUCCUGAGGCCCUUCGAGACAAUUUUGACAAAUUUGUAGCGAAGUUGGAAGAUGAGGAUAUGUCCGUGGUUUCGGCUACUGUUAGCGUGAUUUGCGAGUUGUCGAAAAAGAACCCUCAUCCGUUUGUUCAGCUCUCGCCAUUGCUUUACGAAACACUUUUCACCAUCGACAACAAUUGGAUAAUUAUUAGGCUACUCAAGCUUUUCACAAACCUUUCGCAAGUUGAGCCCAAACUUAGAGUCAAGGUGCUACCAAAAAUAUUAGAGCUAAUGGAAGUUACCUCAGCAACCUCAGUAAUUUACGAAUCGAUCAACUGUAUUGUGAAGGGGCACAUGCUAGAGCCUGACGACUACGAUACUGCCUUAAGCUGUCUCGAAGAGCUUACCAAAUUUUGCAAUUCCAAUGAUCCAAACCUGAGGUAUAUCAGUGUCGUUCUAUUCUACAAAAUCGGGAAAAUAAACACGAGCUUCAUAUCUGAGUUCAACACCCUAGUAAUCCGCCUGUUAAAAGACGUGGACAUAUCCAUUAGAAGCCGCGCCCUGGAAUUGUUGGAAGGGAUAACCGAUGACGAGAAUAUUGCACAGAUCGUGCAAAUUCUUGUUAAACAGUUCGCUGACAAGGACGUGGUGCUUGCUAACAAGCUAUUCAAACAAACAAGGCAAGAAAAUAUCGAAAUCGAAGUUCCUAACUCGUACAAAAUCAAAAUGGUUAGCACUAUACUAAGGAUUUGUUCUCUGAACAACUAUGCCAAUGUGCCCGACUUUGAUUGGUACCUUGCAGUUUUAUCUGACUUAUGCGUGAUAUCCCAAGAUUUGAACGAUGAAGCCAUUGGGCUACAGCUUGGAGCCGAGCUGAGGAACAUCAUGGUAAAGGUGCCUAGCAUGAGAGAAACUUGUAUUUCUACGAUAGUGGGACUCGUUUCGAACAAUGACAUCUGUCGGCAACUACCAAUGGUUCUCAAGGAAUGUCUUUGGUGUAUUGGUGAGUACCCGUCUUCUAUAAGCAACGGGGAUGACAUCAUUAAGUUAAUAACCCGGCAACGAAGGCUGACACCAGAAGUGCAACAGAUCGCGGCACAAGCACUGAUUAAGAUUUUUAGCAGUUGGUGCAACACAAACGGUAACGUACCAAUAAACGAUGUGAAACACACUAUUCAGGAAUUGAUCUCAUUUUUCGAGUCCUUAAGCUCAUCAAAAUCAUUUGAGGUUCAAGAGAGGUGCGUAGAGUUCCUUGAAUUUUUCAAACUAUGCGCCGAAUCACUAGAGCAAAAUGAUGAGGAACUGCCACUUCUAAUCACUGAGGUUUUACCUAGCUUUUUCAAUGCAUACGAGCUCAAUCCGAUACUUCAUGGAACCCUCAAGAAGGUUCAAAACAGUCUCUCAAUUGAUUUGGAGACUCCAUUCCUCAGCGAAGAUGAAGUCAAAAACCUCUUAGAGGAAGAAUCCUCUAAACAUGAAGCCGAAUCAAUGCUAGCUUCAGAUCUCGACAUGGACGACGAGUUCGAAGAAGACGACGCCAUUGAAAAUCCUGCACACGAAGACAAACUAUUGGGCGAUCGUAGUCGUGAUGAUUUGGCGGAAGAAGAAAGGAGAGUUUUGGAGGAGGAACGAAGGAAAGAGAAAUUAACAAAUCCAUUUUACCUGGAGGGGGACUACGAGGAUUUCGCUGCCAAGAGAGAAAACCCGCUCAUCGAUUUUAAUGAUAACCAAGAUCAAAACUAUCCCGAGUCAAGCUCGCUUAUUGCUGGCGAGCUCAAGCACGUUUCUGAGACUUCAAAGAAAACGAAGAAAGAGAGGAAAAAGAAGAAGAAGAAGGCCGAGGUUCUAAUCGAUGAAGGUGUACCCGAAAUCACUAGCGAUGUCGCAGCCAUUCCAGAACCACAACCAGCCAAAAGUAUCUCAUCAAGCAAGAACUCAAGUAGAAUCAACCUCAAAAUGCAGACCAAAUUAGAAAGCUUCAAUUUCGACCAGCCUCAAAAAUAUGUGGAAGAUUCAGGCGCUGCCGGCACUGAGGGGCAACAGGAAAUUGACCAGCUAAGAGCAAAGUUCGCAGAAUCUUCGCUUGGCCAAGAUAUGGAUGAAGAAGUUGUCAUUGUAAAGCGAAAGAAGAAGAAGAGAUCAAAAGACAAAAAGCAUUCAAAAAAGAAAGAUGUUGAACAUCACUCAGCUCAUGGCGAGCCAGCGAAAUGCGACUCAGGGCAAAAUCCGCAAGCAGAAAACGCUUCAGCCCACGACCAGACUGCUCAUGAAUCACUCUGA